AUGAACGGCGAUACCUACUCAUCAAGAGGCAUGCCACCUUCAUCGACCAAAGCUAAACUAGAAAGUGGAGCUACUGACAAGAAACCUUCAACAGAUUCUGGCCGACAUGGUUCAUCCAGAGACUACCCCUCCUCUCGCGAUGACCGACGAGGUGACAGGGGAGACCGAGACAGACGCCGUUCGCGUUCUCCAGGACAUCGAGGCCCACGACCAUCUCGUCGAGAAGGCGAGGUAGACUCUUAUUCUACGAGCCGAGAUUACAGAGAGCGAGAGCGCGAAGACAGAUACUCCUCUGGCAGAGACCGUCGGGGAGGCGGAGGUGGUGAUAGAGAAUGGGAUAGGGAUCGAGGUUCUUCGAGACGCGACGCACGACGGGACGACGAUGACAGACCACCGAGGAGAGACAGAGACCUCUUCGAUGACAGGAGAGGAGGAGGAGGUGGUGGUGGUGGUGGUGGCAGACGAGGUGGCAGAGGAGGCGACCGAGAGCGAGGCGGGGACCGUGAUGAUUUCGCAGCCCAAGGACGAGCACGUCAAAAGAGCGCAACACCGCCUCCCAAGAAGAAGGAACCUACUCCAGAUUUGACAGAUAUUGUCCCAAUUCUUGAAAGGAAACGACGAUUGACACAAUGGGACAUCAAGCCCCCAGGCUACGAAAAUGUCACUGCUGAGCAGGCGAAGCUCUCUGGAAUGUUUCCACUGCCUGGUGCUCCAAGACAACAACCCAUGGACCCAAGCAAGCUGCAGGCUUUUAUGUCGCAACCAAGUGGUUCAGUUACCAAUGCUGCGCUCAAGCCAUCUAACUCUCGUCAAGCUAAGCGCCUUCUUGUCCAUAACCUCCCACCGGCACUUAACGAAGAGGCCAUUACCAGUUUCUUCAACCUCCAACUGAACGGUCUUAACGUUAUUGAGGGAUCAGAUCCUUGUGUCUCAGCACAGGUGUCGAAGGAUCAGUCAUUCGCAUUACUUGAAUUCAAAACAACUUCAGAUGCGACUGUGGCUCUUGCACUUGAUGGCAUCACGAUGAGCGAGGACCUUCAGAUGGGAAAUGGAGCAGCAAAUGGUGACACCAAGGGACUCUCAAUUCGUCGCCCUAAGGACUACAUCGUCCCAGCUCUUGCAGAUGAAGCUCCGUUUGAGCCUGGUGUUGUUUCAAGCGUCGUUCCUGACACCCAGAACAAGAUUUGUAUAUCUAACAUUCCCCUCUAUCUAACCGAUGAACAAGUCACCGAACUGUUAGUCUCAUUCGGGGAGCUAAAAGCCUUUGUGCUGGUCAAGGAUAACAGCACUGGAGAAUCUCGAGGAAUUGCCUUCUGCGAAUAUGCUGAUCCCACUCAAGCCACAGAUAUAGCUGUUGAAGGUCUCAACGGUAUGGAACUUGGAGACAAGCAUCUCAAAGUACAAAGAGCCAGCAUUGGUAACACUCAAGUUUCGGGUCUCGAAAUGGGAGUCAACGCAAUGUCUAUGCUUGCCGGUACUACCUCACAGGGCCUCGAGGAUGGUCGGGUCCUACAAUUGCUCAAUAUGGUAACCCCCGAAGAACUCAUUGACACCGAAGACUAUGAAGAAAUCUGCGAGGAUGUAAAGGAAGAAUGCGAGAAGUAUGGUAAAGUGCUUGACAUGAAGGUUCCGCGACCUACUGGUGGAAGCAGACAGUCAAACGGAGUAGGCAAGAUCUUCGUCAAAUUUGACACCCCUGAGUCAGCAGGAAAGGCCCUUCGAGCUCUGGCAGGCAGAAAGUUUGCGGAUCGUACAGUCGUCACGACGUACUUUUCGGAAGAAAACUUCGAAGUUGCGGCCUGGUAA